AUGAGUGGCAGAGUGGUCUAUGAACUUAGUUUACGGAUAAAGAGAAAAUGUGGAGAGAGUGGAAAGGGAUGUAAAUGCCCAGGUACUAACAAACCUGGCGGCCUAAACGCCAAAAGAGAGGUUAAUCCAGAGUCUGUAGUUGGUUUUGUUUCCUAUACUCAUUACAGUAAAGAGGAAUUCAGGCUACUCAAAGAUCUGGGCGGAGGUGAGGAACUAGAUGUUGGUGUUGGCCACCAAGAGAUUAAAAACGUUACAGAAGUUUCGGUAUACUACUGGGACCAAGAUAAUGAUUGCAGGACUCCACUCCUUCUAAAAAUCACUAAACAGGAUCAUCCACAAACGGUAUAUUACAAAAGGUAUAAGAAUGAUGAACCAGAAGCUGAGAAUAAACCAAAGGUCUGGAAAUACUAUUACAACCCUACUAGCAUAUCCUUACAAGCCCUAUUAGACGAAAGAAAUCUAGGCCGAAACAAUGUCUUCCCCCUUUACCUUGAUAAUCCAGAUAAACCUUUUGACUUGGAAUCAAAUGCUACAAAGAAGGUAAAAGUAGAAUCCGUCGGAGGAGGUGAUUCACAAACUCUUCCUGGAACCAACUAUACUGUCAAAGAGUACAAGCUCAAUCUCCAAAGGGGUACUAGGUUUUCUAUGGCACUAUUUAAUAAGAAUAGAGUUGAUGGUGUAAAGAUUCCUGAGGGUGAAACUACUAAUUUUAGGCUCUACUUUUCAGGUAGAUCAACAGUGCCUGUUGCACUUGAGUUCAAACUGCAGAAUGGAAAUUCCAGAUUACUUUACAGUACAAAUACAACUGGUACUCAGUGGCAAGAGCAUGGUAGUGGCAAUGACAGAUCCUAUGAUAAUUAUGGAAGUCAAUCCACAGAGAUUAUUAAUAAGUUAGACGGCUUUACUUGCGAAAACCACAAUAGUGUAACCAUCAAUCUUACAGAAGGUGUAAAUGGAAAUUAUUCAUCAUAUUGUUGUGGUAAGCAUGAAAAGGAAGCUAAGAAGGGUAAGGAUGGCGAAGCUAAGGUCAGAGUUGAUCAAGUACCGGUUCGUUGUAAAGAACAUAAUCACACCUCAAGUUCCAUUAAAGCCUAUAAACAUACCAUUACUGGUAUUAAUUAUAAACUAGCUGAUAUAAGGUACGAGAGUGGUAGAACCAGGAAAAGUGUAAAAUUUACAACACAACAAUUUCCUCUUCCCAACGUAAAAGCUGUUUAUGCUUUCUACUGUUCUGAGAACCCAGUGCUCAUAUAUGUUGACUCAUCUCAAGAUGGUGUUACUGGAUGGUACCAGAAUGGUGGUAAUAGUGAUAAUAACAGUGAACAGUGGACAAAAGUCCCGGAUAACCUCAACAACAUAGCGCCAGAGAAGUUUGGAGACCUUACCUGUAAUCAGUGGAGUGAUCUUAAAAAAGGACUCAACAAACGUGGUACAAACUUGGAACAAUGCUCUAAAGAGACUGUUGAACAACUAAAACAAUCGCAAGAACUACGUAGUGGAGAUUCUGGAGAACUAGGACAAAAACUUGAGGGACUAGAAGAACGUUCUGAAAAGGAACAAAAACUAGAAUCUGAAGAAGGAGCUGAAGCUGAGGUAGAAGAGGAAGGUAAUGAUCCUGCUGGUCUUACUGGACCUGUUGGUAGAGAUGGUCCACCUGUUAAAAAGGAUGAAGGUGGAGCUAUUGGAUCUGCUGGUAAAGAACCUGGUCUAGCUAGUGAAGGUACUCUACCUGGAGAUGGUGCUAGUGGUACUACUUCUAGAUCUGCUACUGUUCUUCCUCCUGGAGCUCCUUCUGAACCUCCUGGUCAUCAACUUCUUACUGCUAAAGAUACUUCUGCUGGAUCAUCUGCCCUUUGGGACGGACCAUCUACUAGGUUACCUUGUCUGUUGUAG